AUGCGGACUUCAAAAGCUGACGAUCCACAAGCUAUUGAAGAAGACUUCCUCGGGUCAGAUGAGCUCGACUGGCUCCCCUCACAGGUCGGAAGGGCAUGGACUGGCGGGCUCUUCUCAAUGAGCUCAUUCUUUAUGUGGGACUCCAAAAGCUGCAAUGUUGACAAAACUUGACCGUCAGCACAACUUGCCCACCCAGGCAGAGGCCCGAGAAAGUCGAACCUCGAGCACUUACCUGGUCAUCAAAGCAAGCCUCUGCACUGCCCGAGACCAAGAGGGAGAUGUGAGACGAGCUGCAGGUGGUCAAGUCGCAUCUCAUUGUCACCACCCCUCUAGCAAAUGUUCCAGCUUGCAGAGGCGGAGGCGCAGCGCUGUCAAAUCAUCCAAUGAUGGCCCGUUAG